AGCCAAGCUUUCCUUUCAUGAGAUUAUUGGAAAAUACAAUCUGAUUAAAGAUGACUACCACAAGUCUGCAAUCGGCGCAAAAGAUGAAAUUGAGGCGGUGUUUUUUGAGCUUCACCCAGCAUUGAUGAAAGAGCAAGAGCAAUACAUGAGCCUCUUACAACAGCUGAAAGACUACGAUGAAAGACUGACCGAAGAAUUGGCUGCCAAAGCCUUUCAAGAGCAGGAAAAACAAAAGCUUGAGGAACAGCAACAGCGUUUGCUGCAAGAGAAUCGUCAAGUUAAGAGAGAGAUGGAAAUGUUAAGCGAAAGGCAAAACGAGGAGAGAAAGAAAUUCCGGGAGCAAAUGGAUAAUGAUCUUCGAGUCCAGAUAGAUCAGAUGAAAAACAUGAUGGACGCAAAUAUGCAACAAGCACAGAGGGAAAGAGAGCAGUUUUUGCAAGAAAAUCAGCAACUCCGAAACCAGUUCCUUGACAUGCAGAAAAUGAACGAGGAAAACAUCAAGAUGAUAAAAAAGCUGUCUAAGUUGGUUGAAAGGCAAGAGGAAGAGAAGAGAAGAGAGGAAGAGAGGAUGGAAAGAACUCAAGCUGCCAUGGAAAAAAAGGAGAAGUUUGAACAGAUGGAAGCAAGGCACAGAGAAGAAAAGGAAAGUCUACGUCGCGAGAUGGAGGAAAAGCUUGAGCAACAACGCCAAGCUUUGACAGAAGAGUACCAAAAGGCUGCUCAGUCUCGAAUGCAAAUGGUGGAAGAAAUAGGAAAAAAGUUGGAAGACGUUGAAGAGGAGCUAAAGGAAGUUAAGAAACCAGGCUUUAUUAAACGAGCUGCCAUAAAAGUGAAAGAUGCGAUAGCUACUGGAGCUCGAAAAGUAGUGGAGAAUUGCGUAGUAAUGUAAGAAAUCACAACACGACCCGCAAAAAUUGAAAGAAAAUACUUAUAAAAGUGAUUGGAAAGACGAUUCUCAAGGUACAUUCGAUUCAUUGUAAUUGACGUCUUUUAAGAUAUUUCACCUUGACGAAUAAGUCGCAGAUUGUCUAUGUUUUUCGUUUUUGCAGCUGUUUUUAAAAUAAUUCGUCAAGACAAAAAAAUGCCAAAAAAAAACCCUAAGCUAGACUCGCACAUAUGAUGAUUAGAGCUAUAUACGACUUCACGUCGUAGGAAAUUAAUGUAGAAGUAGCUGCAAAUAUGGUUUUUUAGAGGCGAUUUAUGCUGAACAGAAUAUAUCACCUUAAGUUACCGCUGAUACCUGGAUUGCCUUUGCAGUUUGGAUUUACUGAUUUUCCUCUUCCGCUCGACCACGGUGUGGAGUUACUUCGUCCACACCCCAUAUUUCAAAGAAAUUGAUACCAAAGCAAAGGGUCUGAUGUGGAAACUAUAUCUAAAUAAAGCUAAGAUGACUGAAAAUGCCAGCACGAAGUUAUCACCAUGCACGAAACGCCAAUGAGUCGUUUCAGAAGAGUAGCUAGAAGAGUCAAUAGCAUGCUCUCGGUAUAGUACCAAAGACUUUAACUAAUUUCUCUAUAGAUUCAUAUGUAAUAGAGCAAUAAGUAAGAUAUCGAUGUCCAAGCUUAAGAUUUAUAAAUUUGUGCAGU